AUGGACGUCGGAGCAGAUGCUCAUCUCAAGGACACGCCACAGGACGCUGACGAUCGACGCAAUGAGCGUCAUUUACUUGGCGAGAAGCCUGACAAUCCAGGGGCUGUUGACUCAGAGAGCGCAUCGACGCUGGCUGAGCAGGCCAAUGUAGAUAACGAAAAGGGCAGCACCAUCGAUGUCAUUCCAGAUGGUGGCUAUGGAUGGGUCGUCGUCGCUUGCGUGUUCUUGACCAAUAGCGUCACCUGGGGACUCAACUCGACCUUUGGCGUCUACAACUCGUUCUACAUCGCCAAUAACUACUUCUCAGGAGGAACUGAUCUGCGUUAUGCCAUGAUUGGUGGUCUGUCUGUUUCUGCGGCACUUGUCAUGGCACCCAUCUCGAAUUAUCUUGCCAAGAGGAUUCACUUCAAAGCGCCCAUCGUCCUUGGCAUCAUUCUUACUGUACUCGGUCAAGCUUUCGCUGGCAUUUCUCGCAACAUCGGAGAACUUUUUGUAACGCAAGGCCUGAUGUUCGGCGUCGGAAUCGGGCUCAUUUUCAUACCAUUGCUACCAAUCGUUUCUCAAUUCUUUCUGAAACGACGUGCACUUGCACUCGGUAUCAGUGCUGCGGGAAGUGGAGCCGGCGGUCUGGUCCUCAGCAAUACUACGCGGCUAGCCAUCGACAAUAUAUCCAUCAAAUGGGCGCUUGUCAUCAAUGCGCUGAUAUCGCUGGUCGUACUCGUACCUUGUGUCAUUCUCAUCAAGGGACGCGUCAAGGCAACCGGUGCACGCUUCGAGCCACUCCAAGUCUCUUGGAUCUGGCACCCUAGCUUCUGCUACGUCUGGGUCUGGGGCUUCUUCAGCAUCCUGGGAUAUAUACUUGCGCUUUAUUCGCUACCGGCUUACGCUACUGCCGGUUUAGGUCUAUCUCAGACAAAGGGCGCAGCAUUACAAUCGAUUUUGGCCGCCGGUCAAAUGGUCGGACGGCCCCUGAUCGGUUGGUCGCUUGAUCUCUACGGACGGUUCAACAUGACGAUACUCUUCACGCUCAUCGCCGGCAUCAGCUGUAUCGCGAUUUGGCUUCCAGCACGCAGCUUCGGCGUUCUCGCUUUUUACGCACUAGUCCAGGGCAUCUGUGGCGGCACGAUCUGGGCGAGCUGUUCAGCUGUCACGGCCGAACUGAUUGGCCUGCAGGACCUUGGAUCUGCUCUCAGUAUCUUCUGGCUAGCAAUCGUUCUGCCGGCUCAAUUCGCACAGCCGAUUGCAGUUGGCCUCAAUACUUAUUCAGCCUCAAAGCUGGGAAGGACAGGCCCGGAACAGUAUGCGAUUGGCAUCGGUUUUGCUGGCGCAACCUUUCUCGCAGCCGGCCUUGUGCUCAUCCUCGCUCGACAUCACAAGCAGCAAAAUUGGAAGCUGUUUGUCAAGACCUGA